GCAACCUUUGACCUGCUCGCCCAUCUGAUCUCCAGCCUUUGCUGCCGCUAUGAGCCUAGGGCUGCAUCCUUGGACCCUGACUGCGCCUGAAACAUAGGGACCCGAAACAGAGUUUCCCGCCUGCUACUCAAUGUACCACUGAGGCAGACGUUUAUGCUCGAGUCCCUCUUUAUAGAGUCGGGCGCACCACGCCUGCGCAUCAAGCAGGGCUGACCUGGAAUACUUAAGCUUGAAGACGACGACUGCCGCGCACACUUUGCCCGUGCAACUGUGACGCAGCCUUUCCUAGAAUACAAAUUACAACCGCAUCCUUCGCCCAACAAACUUCGCUCUUUGCCACAACUCCCAACGCCACAUCACCACAUACCCCGGCCGCAAAUCCAUCGUCUACACCACCAUGACCAGUGUACUCAAGGGCGGCUUUGGCUCGCCAAACAGUGCGCCGCUGGGAGGUCCCAAUCCGGGCACCGAGUUUGUCAACACCAUUUGCCCGCUCAAGGGCGCCCUUGAGGGCUACGACAAUUCUCUGCCAUGCAGCAGGCAGACCAUCUCUGUCCCCUCCAACUUUCGCGAUGCCAUGGCUGUCCGCGAGGUCGUCUUUGGAGAGCAAGGCGUUCCGCUCGAAGCCGAGUUCGACGAGGACGAUGCCCGCAGCUGGCACUGGGUUGCCUACGCCUCUGUCGCUACACACUCGACAUCACCACCCAAGGUGCUGCGCCGUGCUGACUCGGGCAACACGCCUGCAGAUGACGUCCGCCGCGCAUCUGCUACUGCUACGCGCGUGCCAGUUGCGACGAUCCGACUGAUUCCUCCGCCCCACGGCCCGAACAAGUACGUCCAACACCACGAAACAGACAAGCAUCCCGACGCAGACCCCCCGACCCACGACCAGGAGCACAAACAACCAGCGGAGCCAUAUAUCAAGCUUGGCAGGCUUGCUGUACUUGCUCCCUACCGCAGUCUCGGUCUUGCGAAGCUACUCAUCAACGCCGCACUCGAUUACGCCACAGCGAACCCCGACUCGAUCUACCGUCCCCCGUCUCCCACCGCAUUGGAGAUGGCCCAAAUACUCGGCCACCAAAAGGAGAGGGAAAUUACAUGGCAAGGUCUUGUUAUGAUCCACGCACAGGCGAACCUACAGUCCAUGUGGGAGAAGCACGGAUUUCAUGAGCAGCUCAGGAACGAAGACGGUCAUGUCGAGAUAGACGCCGAACCUCAUUGGUUCGAAGAGGGUAUUGAACAUGUCGGCAUGUGGAAGCGACUCCCAAUCGAAAAGCGCAAGAGGCUGUCUCUAUCCUCUCUGGACUCUGCUUAAGCAUAUCUUGUUACACACUUUUACCCCGUUUUUCACAUCUUUUGUUUGCACACUAUCUUUAGUCUCUGGUUCAGGGGAUUUUAGAGCGUUUCGACAACAAGAUUGGAUACCCGCGUUCUUGAAGUUGGGUUCUCCACACAGUUCCGGGGUGCCCUGGUCGAGGAUCUUCCGUGUUGUGGAAAUUACAUUAUACCCCAUCCCCUUUAUCCAAUUUUCAUGACGACACGGCCGCAUCUUUUGCUUCGUUUUGGUUUAGACGGGAAGAGCUGGAGUUUUUUUU